ACGAGUCCGAUGACGCAAUAGCUCCCUGUGAUUGCGUAAGAAUCUGAUUUCUUCGUCCUGUAAUUCUUCGUAUCAAAUGUCAGAUCAGAGAAGUACUUUCCACUGUAAUACAACAACGGCCAUUGUGGUAGGCUGUUAUUGUUAGAUAUUAACCUAUAACUUAAGUCCAUAUAGAGAACUUGAUUUUAAGGCAAAUCGGAGGCAAAUGCCAUGUUUUAACUCGUGUGCUUUUUCAUACAGGAGCGCCCGUCAUGAUGCUACACAGGUGCGGCAGUCUGGUCCUGUCUCGCCCUGAAUGGUCGGGGAUGAAAGCUGCUGGUUUCCGCCUCGGGGGUUCUGCUGCACUGGGAGUGGGAGUGGUUGGCAUUCAGAAUUUCUUGUUAAGGUCCCGCAAAGAUGGAAAAGCGACCAUUUCCACCAAUAUUUGUAGGACCAGGCAAUGGAACAGAAUAAAGGAAAGUAAUAAUAUUAUCCUGAAUGGCAGCCCAGGAGCAGGCAAGACUACCGUGGGACAGAUCGUUGGCAGAAAGCUUGGUAUGGAUGUAUUAGAUGUUGACAAUGAUAUACUGGAAUCUGUAUGGGGUAUGCCAGUCAGUGAAAAGCUCUUUGAAGUUGGAGGAGAAAACUUUGUAGAAAAAGAGGGGGAAGCGCUCCUCACCUUCACCCCUCCCCCAGAUACAGUGGUGACACUCACUGGCUCCAAUGCCAUGCAUGAUGAAGCUAUGUCUCACAUCUCUCAAUAUGGCCCGAUCUUAUUCCUGGAUGUCAAGAACCAAGACAUCCUCCAAAGACUAGAAGCAAUGAAGGUAAAUCGCAUUGUUGGGCAAGAGACUGGUGUUUCAAUGACGGAGAUCCUUGCAUACAGGCAGCAGUUCUAUGAGAGAUCUUACAGUGCACGCAUCGUCUGCGAGGCUAACGAAGCACAAGAGAGCAUCGCUGGAAAGAUUGUUGAAGCCAUUGCUCGAUUAGAGAACAACAGCCCGUACAUUUCAACGAGGGAUUGUGGAAAGAGUUCAGGGAAGGAUUUUCUGAGUGCAGUUCUGCAGGGUUUGGCAGAGGAUGGUGGCCUGUUUGUUCCUUCAGGACCACUUCCAAAGAUGACCUUGAAGCAGUGGGAACGUCUUGUCCCGUGCACCUACCAACAAAGAGCUCAGCGUAUCCUGGAGCAAUGGAUUCACCCUGCUGACCUCCACCCCUCCGUACUAAAUGGAAUGAUCCAAAAAGCAUACACAACAGAUGCUUUCCAGUCUGAGGAUGUGGUACCGGUCACUCAUCUAGAGGGAAACCAACAUCUGGUCGAAGUCUUCCAUGGACCGACUGCAUCUUUCAAGGAUGCUCCUUUACAACUCAUGCCUCAUUUCUUCCGAGAAGCAGUUAGUCAGAAAGGAGAUGCAAAAUAUCUUAUAUUAGUAGCUACAUCUGGUGAUACAGGGAGUGCAGUUUUAGAUGGAUUUGGUGCAACAAGUGUAACCAGUGGUGAUGAUGAUGUAUCUGUGAUGGUCUUCUAUCCUGAGGAAGGUGUUAGUCCGGUCCAGAAGUCUCUUAUGACUGCUGUCAAUAGUCCCAACGUCAGAGUCAUAGGUGUUGAAAGUGAUUUUGAUUUCUGCCAGUCGGCCAUCAAGGAUAUCUUUUCAUCGGAGACCUGCAUGCUCCGUCACUCCCUCCUCAACGAUUUCAACGUAAAGCUGAGUGCAGCAAACUCCAUUAACUGGGGGCGUCUGCUACCUCAGAUUGUCUACCACGCGUCCUCGUACUUGGACCUCGUCAGGCAAGGUGUCAUCAGUGUAGGGGAUCCGGUUGACCUGUGUGUUCCUACUGGAAACUUCGGCAACAUGUUGGGAGCUGUGUAUGCCAAGUUGAUGGGUAUUCCUCUAAGAAGACUACUAUGUGCUUCCAAUGUCAACAAUGUAUUGACAGACUUUCUACACAACGGGGUAUACGAUCUUCGCCAGAGGCCUUUGAGGGUGACCAUGUCCCCCGCUAUUGAUAUCCUCAAAUCCUCAAAUCUAGAAAGAUUAUUGUUUCUUGCCACGGACUGCAACGGUCCCCAAGUAGCCAGUUUCUAUGAACAACUCCAGGAGGAACGGUUCUUCCAAGUACCAGAUAAUGUUCUGACCAAGAUUAGAGAAGACUACGGUUUCCAUGGUGAUUGGUGUGAUGAAGAAACUUGUUCUAAGGCCAUCAAAGAAACCUUUGAAAAAACAGGAUACCUUCUAGACCCCCAUACGGCCAUCAGCAAGGUGGUGGCAGAUCGUCACCCCUCUGACGAUGGAGCCCCGAUGCUCCUCUGUUCCACCGCUCACCACGGUAAGUUUGCAUCCGAUGUCCUCGGCUCCCUAGGUCACAGAGCAAAUCACUCUGAUAGACCCGACCUCCUCCUGAAUCGACUUGGGGAUUUGAACCCCCGACCUGGCAGGCACGCGAACCUGGAGAGGUCGGUGCGGAACCCCAGGGUUCAGAAGAAAGUUGUGGAUGCUUCGAUGGAGUCUAUGACGAAGGAGGUGCACGAUUUUGUGGAGGAAAGGAUAGGGAACUGAGUACAUUCGAUAAUCAGUUUAUUUGGUUUUCUUGAUUACAUUUUGAGGGAAGUAUAUGACUUUGUGCAGGGUAGGUAAGAGACCAAACUGCAUUUCGAGCUUUUGGCGGCAAAUUGGAUGAGCUCAACGCACUUUUAUCCAUGUAAAAUGUGCUUUCUAGUCAGCUGUCUUUCAAACGUAGCUAUAUUUUUCUCUACAUGGAAGUAUUAGCCUUCGGACGCUUCGUCCUUUAUUUAUUGUAGUUAGGUGUUUGUUGUCAAAAAUAUAGUAUGCCAUUUUCAUCACCAUUGUCUUUUGAACAGUAUGUUUCAGUGAUAUAUUUUUGUAGCCUGACCUUAACACACUGUGUAUUCGGUUUAUCUGUAACCUUUUAAUACGUGUACAAGAAGUAAAAUCAAUAGAGAAAUGCCUCAAUGCCUGAAGAGAUUGUACAAUAUGCUGAAGGGUCGUACUGAUAGAUGUGCCCUGUAACACAUGAGACCUGUAGAAUCUGAACUAUAACUAAUUGCAGAUAACUGAAAAGAGAUAAUUUCUCGAAAUUAGAAGAUGAGGUCCCAAAAACCCAUGAUUAAUUAAUUUUCUUUGAAGGUCUCUUGAAAUACUUUUUACUUAAAGUGGAGACUGCCAUCCAUUUAAACCUUGAUGCCUUAAUGGCAGCUUUCUGCGUUCCAUACCACAUUCAUUUCAGCUCAAAUCUAGAAUUGUAUAUUAUUGUACAUUAUGUUAUUUAGGUACUAAAAUAAAGCUAGACUUGAGCUUUUCUCAAUGAACGACUUGUAACGAUGUUGUUGCUUAUUUAUUUAUUUGAUAAUUCAUUCAUUUAUUUAUUUAUAAAGUAUUAUUCAAACAGGGUAGUCCCAUCAGUAGUCAAAUGCUUUUGUACUUGGGGGCCCUGUAUAACGUAAAACAAAGAAAAAAAUACAAGCAUCUACAAAUGGAUAAUACAAAUCCUAAACAUAAACAGAUGGAAAUAUCAGAUAUACAUCCAAUAACGGAAAAUUGUAUAUCAAAAUGAAGGGGUUCACUGAUAUAGUCAAUGACAACCUGCAUGAAAUGGCUUGCAGAACUUAGCAUCUCAUUUGAUCAACAUUUCGGCUUGGAAGUGAGAACCUUUUUACCAAUUGAUUGUUUUACUCUUUUUUUUUUCAGAUUUAUAUUCAAGCAAAGCAAUGUUGUAUCUGUAGCCAGGUUGCACAAUGUAUGUUUUGAGUUCUGGGGCAUGUUGCAAAAAAACUUGCAAUCAACAAACAUCAAAUUGCAGGCUUCUGAUUGGUUGAAAAUCAAAUCGAAUUUGCUUUUCAGUAUUAUGUUGGAUUGCAAAUUGUGAUUUAAGUGGAUCCUUUUUUUAGGGAUGAAAUGUGAUAUCAUUUCCACUAAUGUUGAAACCAGUUCCUGAAGAUUGUCAUAACAGGCAAGUUGUCAUUAACCGAUAUCCCCGAAAGAAACGGUAGUGCCUCACCGUCUAUCAAAAUAAAGGGGUUCACUGAUAUUGUAGUCAGUAACAACCUGCAUGAAAUGAUUCCUGUCAACAGAACAGAUUGCAUGAGGUGCCUCAAACAUAGCAACAAGUAUUACAAAAUUAGAUUUCGAAUAUUCAUCAUUUAUUAUGGUAUACUUCAUUCUCAGAAAAGAAACAUCUAUGAAUUUCAUUCGGAGAAACCUGAUCUGUUGUGAAAAGAAAUUUAAAAGAGUGAAAUGUAUUCAAAAUGAGUACAUCUAGCAAAAUCACAAAAUUUUUGAAGAAUCUUGGACCCCUCAUUCAUUCCUAUUGUUUUGCAGCUCAUGUUGAGAAGGCCUGGGGGGGGGCACUCAGUAUAUAAUGCAUAGUGGGUAUGUGCCGCGGAGGGGACCCCCAUUUUUACACUCAAUUUUCCGUUCCAAGGCAUAGCAUAUUUGUCUUAUUGAGAAAAAGAACAAAGAAAGCCGCUCCAAAGCAUAGCAUUUUCUUCUUAUCGAGAAAAAAAGAAGAAAGAAAUCCGCUCCAAAGCUUCGCAUAUUUUCCGUUACGCCGUUCCGGUCGCAUUGAUCUGCUACGAUGAGCCGCAAUUUUGGUGAAAAGCGGCCGCAGAGCGCUGUCCGACCAUCGCCUCUGCGCUACCGCACCCGGCGCCCGUGCUGCCGGGCUAGCUGCAUGCACGUUCCAUAGGGAUGCAUACGCACUCACACGCUGGCGAUCCGUUCCAAAGACCCUCGUUUUCACAAACAUUUGUAGUUCCGAAGCCCGUUCCGAGGACACCCUUUUUACAAUAAGCCCGCUCCAAGGCCCCCGUUUUUUGUCUCGCCCGCGGCACACCCCUACCACUUUUUUGGUCGAGUGCCCCCCCCGGGUGAGAAGGUGAAUAUUUCUUUACUCUUGGUUUUAUUUUAAAUAAAGUACAGCUGAGCCAUUUUCUUUCUCUGUUAUUGGCUCUUUUGCUAGUAUAUAAUUGGGUAAACGUCCUUUCUUUCACUGUAAACUUUGUAAGCCAACAGAAGACACGGUGAGGAUUUUUAUACGUGAAACCACUUUAUUACCGCACAACCCAGUCUCGUAUCUGGUGAGGUGUAGUCAUAUAUCCAGAUGUAAUAACAUUAAAUCGCAUUAUACAACAGCUAGUAAAUAUGUAUUUCAUUAAUAUUACUUCGUAAAUCAUUCCUGAUAUUAGUUAGGAAACAAUUUCAGAGGGCUGAAAGAUGCCUUGAUAAUCCAUAAGAAUAACUUAUUACAAAUUGCAAUAAAUGUAUAGAAAAAGUCA